UGCUUAGAGCCCAGAGUCGUCCAGCCAGAGCCCUGGGUGGCCAAGUUCAGGCCUCAGCAGCACUCUUGGGUCUGAGCCGCCCCCAGGGCAGCCACCAGGACCACAGCCAUGAACGGGACGGAGGGCCCGAACUUCUACGUGCCCUUCUCCAACAAAACGGGUGUGGUACGCAGCCCCUUCGAGUACCCACAGUACUACCUGGCUGAGCCAUGGCAGUUCUCCAUGCUGGCCGCCUACAUGUUCCUGCUCAUCGUGCUUGGCUUCCCCAUCAACUUCCUCACGCUCUACGUCACGGUCCAGCACAAGAAGCUGCGCACGCCUCUCAACUACAUCCUGCUCAACCUGGCUGUGGCCGACCUCUUCAUGGUCUUCGGUGGCUUCACCACCACCCUCUACACCUCUCUGCAUGGAUACUUUGUCUUUGGGCCCACAGGAUGCAAUUUGGAGGGCUUCUUUGCCACACUGGGCGGUGAAAUUGCCCUGUGGUCUUUGGUGGUCCUGGCCAUUGAGCGGUACGUGGUGGUGUGUAAGCCCAUGAGCAACUUCCGCUUUGGGGAGAACCAUGCCAUAAUGGGCGUCGCCUUCACCUGGGUCAUGGCACUGGCCUGCGCUGCACCCCCCCUCGUUGGUUGGUCCAGUCUCUUGCCCCGUCCCCCUCUGGUGGUCAGGUACAUCCCUGAAGGCAUGCAGUGUUCAUGUGGGAUCGACUACUACACACUCAAGCCAGAGGUCAACAACGAGUCCUUUGUCAUCUACAUGUUCGUGGUCCACUUCACCAUCCCCAUGAUCGUCAUCUUCUUCUGCUACGGGCAGCUUGUCUUCACAGUCAAGGAGGCGGCAGCCCAGCAGCAGGAGUCAGCCACCACCCAGAAGGCUGAGAAGGAGGUCACUCGCAUGGUCAUCAUCAUGGUCAUUGCUUUCCUGAUCUGUUGGGUGCCCUACGCCAGCGUGGCAUUCUACAUCUUCACCCACCAGGGCUCCAACUUUGGCCCCAUCUUCAUGACACUCCCGGCGUUCUUCGCCAAGUCCUCCUCCAUCUACAACCCUGUCAUCUACAUCAUGAUGAACAAGCAGUUCCGGAACUGCAUGCUCACUACCCUCUGCUGUGGCAAGAACCCACUGGGUGAUGACGAGGCCUCCACCACCGCCUCCAAGACGGAGACCAGCCAGGUGGCACCGGCCUAAGCCCUGCCAAGGACUCUAUGGUCAACUGUAGGAGUCUCCCAUUCCCUAUGCCUACCCCCAGCCACAGCUGCCCCACCAGGAACCAGGUCUGUUGGAACCAGGUUGCGCAGACUCCUUGAGUUAAAAAAAAAAAAAAAAAAAAAAA